GAAACCAGUCGGACGCUCUGUUCGCCUCCGGUUCACUCGCUGCGGGACUCAGACGCACAGUGGAGGAAUGCGCUUCAAAACGCGGAGUUUGCUCGAAUCUUCAGAGGGUACAAGUGUCUUUUAACAAGUGCAUUUUCCCCCUGGUAUGAUAGCUCUCUCCUAGAGACCAUACAGGCGUUAGAAAUGUCUCACCAGCAGCAGGUUGUCCAGCUCGCUGCCGCCUCACUCGCCGUAGUCCUUGGUCCGGACGAAGAGAGUUUGCGCGCCGGCGGAGGGAAACUUAACGCCAAUACUACCACAAGCGGUCAGGAGAUUUUUGCGGACUUUAAAGCGCAAAACGUGCGCAGUUUCUGGAAUAAGAGACUCGUCAAGGCCAUAGCUGAAGUGUACUUUCAGGGAUGGAUGGAAAAUUUUGUGCUUUUCAUUCACGGCAACGCAAACAACCUGGAGGUGCUGAGAGAAGCGUGGAUGCGCAGAGCUCUGAGGUCACCAAAGGGAUUUAUCAUCAAAGCUGUCGGUGAUCUGUCACCAGUGCAGAUGUCUGCUGUCCCACAGUCCCAGUUCAUUCCCUUGUCUGAGGUGUUGUGCUCCGUCAUCUCAGAUAUGAACUCCUCUCAAAUCAUCGUCAACCAGGAAGCACUUAUUAAUUACAUGAGCAAAGCCCAUCCAGGGAUAACUAUUCCCACUCAGGACAUCCUCUACAAUGCUCUUGGCACUCUCAUAAAGGAGCGCAAAAUCUACCAUACAGGCGAGGGAUACUUCAUCGUCACACCUCAGACCUAUUUCAUUACCAACAACAUGGUCCGAGAGAAGAGCUGGUGGACUUCUGGUUCAGCAGAAGACCCUCCCUCACCUCCUCCCAUUACUUACCUAUUGAGCAACGAUGUAUGUGUGGAAAGCACUCAAACUCCACCAGUGGCGCACUGCAAGUCUUGCAGCUGCUUCAGUCCUCUUCAAACAUCCUCUAAUAUUACCUCCACCACUUUAACAGCUACCAUCCCACCCUCUACUGUCCCAGACCAGCAUUCUGUCUCUGUUUCUAUAAGUGAAUGCACAGGCAAGAGCUUAAAGUGGCCAAGGCCAUUAGAUCACAAACCCACAGUGCAGCAUCAGUCCACCUCAACAGCUGCAGAUUGUCAGGCAAGUGAGAUCAGCAAAACUACAGCCACUACUAACGCCACUGGCCGCAAAGAAAAAGACAGCAAACCAGGUAGGAAGUUUGGUCUCAGUUUGUUUCGUAGGAAUGGAGGUAAAAAGGAGAAGCCAAAGAAGGAGUAUGCAUCAUUUUCAGGCCAGUUUCCUCCAGAAGAGUGGCCGGUGCGAGACGAAGACGACCUCAACAACUUACCCCGUGAUCUGGAACAUGCCAUCAUCAAACGGAUCAACCCUGAACUGACCGUGGACAACCUGACACGCCACACGGUCUUAAUGAAGAAGCUGGAGGAGAGGAAAGAGAGAGGGAAUGACAGAGUGCUUGACAGGGCCCUGGAAAAGGACGAUAAGGGAGUUGACAAGGGAAUGUCUACUGAGAUCCUAACCUUUUCCAAACCAAGGCAUCAUCACUCGUCUAAGGCAGGAGCAGGGAAAAGAUCUGCUCAGAAGGCCUCUCGGAGCAGGAGGAGGGCCCAUUCCUCCAAAGAGAAGCAGCGGGAAAGGGUGAAGGAGAGGAUUAAGAGUAAGGCCCCUAUAUGUGUAGAUGAUUAUCCGGAGGGGGAGGAUUUGAUACCGUCUCGACUCAGAGUGGAAAUCCCUGCUGACGAACCAGAUCAAGUGGAAGAAGGAGGAGCUGUUGAGGGAAAAUCUCUGUAUAAGAAACGUAUUGACAACCCUUUCCAAACGAAUCCAAUAAAAGAAACUGACUCCACUACACCUUCCAACAUCAACAAAGAGAACAGAAGACGAGAAAUGAAAGAGGGAAAGGCUUCAGGGCCAGGGAGGAAGGAACGAGCCGGUCACCGCUCCAAAUCGUGGGAUCCGCAUCGAGCCAAAGUGAUCCCAGCAGAUGGUGAGAAUGCAGGAAAGUCCCCAACAUCUGAGGACAGGUACAACUGUGUCCAUGAGAGGGACCUUACUGAUGAUCAUCCGAGCCAAGCAGGCAUAAAGAUAAGCAGAGAACUGCCACUUGACUACAGCUCAGCCUACCCACAGAGCAGUACGCUCCGGAUAGACGACAAGGUCCGACAUCAGAGGGAAGGCAAGGAGAGCUGGGAGAAAGAGGGAUUUUUUCCAGAGGUUGAGUCCAACACAGUACCAAACCAAAACAAAACCAUAGAUGAUUGUCUUUCACAUAUCCAACAAUACUCGAAUACUAAUGUCGACCACCCUGCCCAUCCCCAUGAGCAAGCCAUCAGUCACUCAUACGACCCAAGUCUGCCCUGGCCGAAGCCUUCUUUACAGCGUAAACACUCCCUCAGACUCUCAAACCCUCAAAGGAAUGACGUCCAAUUACCUGACAAACUCCUUUCACUCCAGCAGGGAAGUCAAAUUAAAGCCUUCGAGGAACAUCAGGAUACAAGAUGUUUCCUUGUCGGUAACAGAGUGGAAAGGACUAUGAGCAAAGGAGACAGGAUGGAUCUGAUAGCUGAUAGAACUCAUUCUAUAACGGACACUGACGGCUUCAUAGAAGACGACUUCAGACUCUAUCAGAGAGUAGAGGAGCGGGAGGAUGAAGACGCCUGCAGCUCCUUGUGUCUGAAUGAGGAGGAGAUAAUUGAUUCUGGGAAUGUGUACCAAACAAGAUUAGUGGACUUUUGCGACCACCCGUUGGUUUACCAUAGUCAUGAAUCAGAUUUGCAGUAUCAGGGAAACAACAGUCACUAUUACAAUUCUGACUUGCACCAACCACAGGUUGCCUUGAUACAAGAUUCAAGGGACAACACUUUUAAAGAAACCAAGAGGGAAGCUUCCCUCAGCCCGACAAGACCUGGAGAGACCAGCUGGAGAGUCCACCAUCACCAUCAGAGGACUAGAUCACCAGGGGCCAAAAGUGGUUCUAUCCCCAGGCAAGUAACAUUGACCCAGGACACAGGACAUGAGGUCAGCCUGGAUUUGGAUUGUCCUGAACCAUCUGAAGUUGCAGACAGCAGCAUCUUCGACUACUGCCAGACAAGUGAGGUAGAGUCAGACACAGAAACUGUCCGCAAGUCAGCCGAUGAGGGCGACGGGGAAUCAGCUCGAUGGAUGGCUGAUGUGGAGGAAGUGCACGACGAUGAGUUCAACCAGACAGAAGGUCCUCAAACCCACAGAGCUGUUAUGAGCAUGGCCAGUGGAGCCAGAGGGGCAGAUACUGGGGAAGUGGUGGAAAUGGGAGAGAACCAGAGUAUCACAGGCGACAGUGGUAUAGAUUCUCCUCGGACCCGUGUUAGCCUGGCCUCCAGCAACACUGUCAUUCUGGAGGGUCUCAAGAGGAGAGGCUUUCUACAAAACUUGGAGAAACUGCAUGCAAAGAGCAGCGCCAUUCGGCCACAGAGCUCGCUGCUACAGUUGACUCCAGUCAUGAACGUAUAAUGAUUUCUUUAAUACGUAAAAGCCAAAACCACAAGAUUGAAUAUUUGUUUCCAUGCAAUUUCUAGGUCAGAAACAUAUCCAACACAUUUACCUGACAACAAUUAGUCUUUUUGUACAGGUGUAAAGUAUAAAUAAAUAUUUUUCUUUCUGUAAAUAAUUUUAAAUAUAUGCUGACUUUUUUUUUCAUUCAAUGAACAUCUUCUGUUAAUUGUGUGUAUUGUCAUUGAAUUUGAUAUAAAUGUACAGUUAUCUUUCUUUAAAUGAUCCAUUGGCUAUCAUUUUCAAAGCAUUAACUUCUCAUUGCAUAACCUUUUGACCCGUUA